UUUUUUCGGCCAUUUCCGGUUGUGUGUUUUACGGACGCUUCGUGUCUGUCCGAGGACUUUGUCAUUUUUCAGUUGUAGAGUUCAAACUACAUUUAUGAAAAUUAAGUAAUUUUUGUUAUAAUACAGUUUUUUUAAUCGUUUCAGAAUAUGAGUGUGAUGUGAUAGUGUAAUGAGGAACUGCUUGAAUUCAUAUCAAAAGAAAUCUUGGCAGUUGUGUAAAUAGCGCGUAGUGGUAUCUGCGCGUAUGUUAUGCGCAUUCGCAGACAGAUGAGCGCGGGAUUGCGGUACCCAGACGCGAGGGGACUGUAGUAUGAUUGCUUAUGUAUAGAAACGUUUCAUGGAGUCUUUUAUGAAGUGACAAAUAACACGAAAUCAACGUUCCUUACGCAUUGGUCAUUGAAAUACGUAAAAUCGGUAUUCGGUCCUGAAAGGACCAUACAAUGGAUGGUACCAAUGUGAAUGGCGGGAAUGCCGAUCGGGCGCACGAGAAUCCUAACCUAGAAACAGAUAAUAUGCCGGAUCUACGAGAGAUAAUUAAAGUAGAAACAGCCACAAUAAUGGAUGGGCAAGAGGUGAACGGCGAUAUUAAAAGUUCGCUGAAAAAGGGUACGGAAUUUAAUGCUAGAAAAAAGCUUUAUAAUUCAAGUAGUAUAAUUGAAAGUGAUACAAUAUUAAAUAUAAAAGGACGCAAACGGAAACUAUCAGAGCCAGAUGAUAGCUCAGAGGAUUCUAUGGGAUUCAAUGGAUUUGAUCUACAAGAGAACAAUGAAAUGGAACCAGCAAGUCAUGUCUUAAAAAAAUUAAUUGCUGAAGCUGAAGUAGCUGAAACUCAAUUAGUAAAACGUUUAUAUGAAUAUAGCAUGAGGAAAAGUUUUAAUAUCAAGAAAGAUGAUGAUGAUUCAGAUGAUAAUAGAAUGCAUGACACAGAACAUAUAUUAGAUAUAAAUAAAAUAAAGAAAGAAAAAGAAUCUGAUAAAUCUGAAACGGAUUCAAUUGGAAUACCAAAUACAAUAGAGUCUGAAUUAGAAGUACAAAAAACAGAUGAAGCUUCACUUAAAUCAACAAAUUCAUCAAUUAUAAGUAGUCCAGCAACUUCAAUAAAAUCUAAAGGUACUCGUUUAUUGCGUGGAACUAGUCCAGGAAGUACUGGAAAACAAAAAAUAGCUGUUGAUAUGUCAAAUCCAGCAUUCAAAGAACCUUUUAAAUAUGGUUGGAAACGAGAAUUGGUAUUUAGAGCAAGUACUGAUUCUAGUCUUAAAAGAAUGGCUGAUAUUUAUUAUUAUACACCAAAGGGUAAAAAAGUUAGAAGUUUUAGAGAAGUUGCAGAAUUUCUUAAUACAAAAGAAUUAACUAUUGAUAAUUUUACUUUCUUCAAAGAACCAAUUGGUCUUGAUGAUCCUGAAAAGGAAAUUAUUAGAGAUGCGAAAAGAAUAAGAGGAUCUGGAGUAACUCCACCAAGAAGAGGUGUAGGAUAUAAGAAAGGUACACCUGGAAGGAGAGCUAUUAUAGAAGAACCUGCUCCAGUGCCUACAAAAACUCCUGCUAAAUCACCAAAAUCUAUGUCAGUAGGAUUUAAAGUGAAAGUGCCUGCAAAGAAAACUCCACAUAUAACAGAUAUAAAAUCACCUUCUCAAGAAAGAGAGAUACUUCCACCUCAAAGAACUACAAGUACAAGAAGAAGUCAGCUUCCUUCAGUAGAAAAACCACCACCUCCCAAACCUAAAAGAUUAUUAACGCCCAAAGUUCAAGAACCAUGCAGUAUAAGAUGCUCAACAAGUAUGGGAUUGAUACCAAGCUUACAAUGUCGUGUGUGUCUCUGUUUAUAUCAUCCUGAAUGUGUUGGUGGUAUGGAAUUUGCAGGAAGUGAUGAUUAUGUUUGUAAGAAUUGUCAGCAGGAUACUAACAAAUCUCAUCAAUCUCAAACGAAUCCAUCUUUGACACCUCCACCAUUGAUACCAAUUAGUAUGUUAGGCGCACAAAGUGCAAAAUCAAAACAUCAAGUAAAUUUAAGUCCUCCAAAACUUCAACGAAUUCCAAAAUCUGAUAAUACAGAUUCACAAUCGCGAAAUACUACUAAAAUAAUUAAAACAUCCUCUGGAACACCACAUUCUUCUUUAAAUUUAGAUAAUAAAGAAAGCAGUUGGUUUGCUCAAACAGAAAAUGAAUUCUUACAAAGUCAUGAUGGAAUUUUACCAAGACCAGCUCAAAAUAUUGCUUUAAUGGGAGGCAAGAGAUAUAUUGUUGUACCAAAAAAUAAUGCUAUGGCUGUUCAGCCGGCUAUAACAGUAAAACCCGACAAAAUAGGUGAUAAACCACCUGUACUGCAUGAUGGUACACUUACAGAUAUAUCAAAUGCUGUUGACAAUUCUAUGUCUGCAUCACGUACUUCUUUAGCAACAAAAUUUCUAGGAAAAGAUACUUUUGAUAAAUCAAUUGAUAAAGAUAAGACAAAAGAUAUGUUGCAUACAGAAGUUCCACCUUGUUCUAUAAUGGGAGAAAUUGAAGAAACGUGCAAUAAUAAUGAUAGAACUGAUAUAUUGAUUGCAAGUAAAUCACAAAAUAAUUUGAGCAAUAUGACAGAUCUUGCAUUAGAAUCUAAAAAAUUGGAAAAUUGUAAAGUACCUGAAAGAGAGAGCAUGAUAAAUAAUCCAAAUGCAAUUAAUACAAAUAAUGAGCUACUUACAAUAGAUACACGGCAUUCUUUGACAAAUAAUUUGGGUACUAUUAAAAUAAGUAGCAAAAGGAAACAAAAUCGACAAGAUAUAGAACCUCAGCAACAUUUUAUGGAUUCAGUUUGUGCUGGUUAUCAUGCAUUGUUGCGUAUUUUUCAAUACCUUAAGGUUCAAGAAUUACUUCGAGCUGCAAGAGUAUGUAAAAUGUGGCGAGAUUUAGCUGCACAUCCUUCUUUGUGGAAGACUGUACGAAUGAAAAAUAGUCAAGUAACAGAUUGGGAUGGUUUAGCAGACACAUUGCAGAGGCGUGGUACUCAACAUUUAGAUCUCCGAAAAAUGCUUGUAGCAGGCGAAUCUGAUAGCAUUUGGAAAAAGUUUUUAAUAGUAAUACCACGCGUAACUAGCCUUGUCAAAUUAGAAUUAUGUAAAUGUCCUGUGAUGGUUGUUGAAGAAGUUAUUAGUAGUUGCCCUCAAUUAGAAGUCUUGAGUGCAAUGUCAAUAAAAUGUGACUCCUUAAAUUUAGAAUCAGUUGGAAAUCUUAAACGUUGUCAAGAAUUAAGGCUUAAAGCAAUUAGUGGGAUGUCUCUGCAAGAAGAUCUUACACCAUUACAAGAAUUAACGCAACUAACACAAUUAAGUUUAACAUCAGUUAAGGAACUUGGGAAGAAAAGAAUUGAUAUAUUACAAGCUUUAGUGAAUUUGGAAACAUUAGAAUUGGGUGAAUGUUCAGAUUUUCCAGAUAAAUUUGGUACCACAGUUUUAAUAAAGUUACAAAAAUUAGAACGCCUUAGACUUGAAAAAGGUCAAGGCUCAUGUUGUACAUUUGAUAUUUUGGAUGGUGUAUCUAAAUUGCAAAACUUGAGUCAAAUGGAAUUAGUUAAUUUUGAUGUUAAGAAUGGUUUUGAUAAAUGUCUUGCAAACUGUAAAAAUAUUAAAAGGUUAUUAAUUAUACCAACAUACAUAUCUCAAUCAGCAACAUCUAAUAAUAUGGUGCUUGGAGGUGUUACUGAAUUAUCAAAUAAUUUGACGCAUUUCGUAUGGGGCGUCACACUUGAGUUAUUAAGAGUUACUGAAUUAUUUGUUGAUCAAUGUAAUCUAAUGAGUAAACAAGUUACUGGUGAUUCAAUACCUGUUUUAAAACCGGUACCUUGUCUAAAAUUAAUUGAAGAUGUUGAGGAUGAAAAUGACAAUCAAAAAGGUGAUGACAAACAACAACCAAAUUUAACAAAUCCUCAAGUGGAUAUAUUACCAUUACCCCAACUCCAAAAACUUUUAUUGACUGCAUUGCCUAAAACAAGGGUUAAAAUCUUGAAGAUUCCUUUCCAUGCUACAUGGCGGCAAAGCAUUUCAGAUACUGCUACACAAUAGAAGAAAAUGAAUUUUAAAAGUGUAUGAAAUAUAUAUACUAAAAAAGGAAAGAAAAAUACCUGAUAUGAGAGAA